UAGCGGUCAUCAGCGGGGGCACACGCUUCCAUACAGUCCUAAAGUCCCAAACGCCAGCCGCGCACGAGAGCAGCACCCACAUGGAGCUAAUAUGAACUGUCUGAGGGCUGAUCUUCACUUCUCGACUCAAACUUACAGAAUUACAGUUUGAGAGGGAAGGGACAUAUCAGACAUGGACACCUUGGUGUGGAUCUGGAUUUGUGGAGCGCUGGGGCUGGUGUUUGGCUCUAAGCUGGAGCGGGCCAUAGACGAGGAGUGCUGCUGUAUGCUGUGUCCUCCAGGAGAGGGAGUGGUCAAGGUGUGUGGGGCCACCCAGACCGAAUGUGGUCAAUGCUUAGACAGUGAGACAUUCUCUGAGACGUUCAGUCACACAGAGAGGUGUCAGACUUGCAGAGAAUGCACGGGUCUUAUGCGCAUGCAGACCCCCUGCACCGACUCGAACGACGCUGUGUGUGUGUGCAACUAUGGCUACUUCAUGAGCGAACUGACAGGCCAGUGCGAGCGGUGCACUGUGUGUCCACGCGGUCAGGGUGUGCUGAUGCGCUGCGAGCACUCCCACGACACGGUCUGUGAGGAGUGUCUGGACGACACCUACUCUGAUCAGGAUAGCACGCUGGACCCCUGCCUGCCCUGCACUAUCUGCGAGGAGGGAAUAGAGAUUCUCAUGAGGAACUGCACACCGUAUGAAGAUGCAUGGUGUCAUGAUCCGUUGAGUCCUACCUAUUCCACUUUCGCUAGUGAUUCCAGUACGUCUGUCACUGAUCCAAAUGGUUUGUGGAGCCCCAACCCCGGAGGGGAUGCCACCACACCCAAACCUAGCUCCCCUCACUUCAUUGGCAGAGGGCUAAAUGAGAACCUGAUUCCCAUCUACUGCCCCAUCCUUGCAGCGGUCGUAGUCGGCCUCCUGGCUUACAUCAUCUUUAAGAGGUGGAACAGCUGCAAGCAGAAUAAACAGGCAGCUAAUAAUCGCGCAGCCACAGCCAAUCAGACACCAUCUCCAGAGGGAGAGAAGCUGCACAGUGACAGCGGCAUCUCAGUGGACAGCCAGAGUCUGCAGGAGCAGCAAGCGCAGACACAGACGCAGGCACAGGCCCACACACAGCUGCAUGCAGCAGAGCAGAUCGUGGUGAGAGUGGAUGGAGGGGCUCAGCCUGACUCCCCCCCACCUCAGGCCUAACCAGUGCGGAAAAGAAUGCUACGUUAUCAACAGUAAAGAGAGGAUGAGAGGUUGGAGUGAAGGAAACAAGGAAGCAGAAAGAGGAGAAUGGAGGAGUGAAGCCAUGACGGCCAUCCAGCAAGGGAUGCAGAGACAAGAACUUCGAUCCUUUUGAACCCAGCAUGGACAAUUCAUUGAUGAGCUGGUUCAACAGCACCAGUGGAUCCACAUCAGCGAUAAGACUCACUGGCUUAAAAUAGCUACUUCUAAAUAAGCAGAAGCCUAUUACCCUGAAGAAAGUUCACCAUAAUGCAUACUGAAACCCACCACAAACUCUGAUGAAUGUUUAACAUAUACUGGGUUUCUCAGAUGUAUUAAUGCGCCCUUGUGGCACAAACUCUGGAUGUCCUGGGCUUCACAAGAGGACGUAAAUAGACGCUAUCACAGGCUUCACAGAUAACGCGCAAUUUAGCAGCUGCACCAUGGUUCCUUGAUCUGGAGCCUUCUGCCUGAUCUAAUA